GGCUUCACCCAGUAUACUCUCUAACGGAACGUUCCUCUUCCUUUGGCGACACACGUUAGCAACGUCGAUACGCGAAGAUGAUCAAGCUGGAGACUAUGUGUCUGCAGAGUAUGUGCGAGGUGGUGAUGGAGGAGUCUCAAAACUUUAACUACGAAGAAGAGAAGCCACUCAAUUCAACGAGGAGGCGCCGCGGCGGACACAUGCAGGGCGACAUCGAGAGGCAUACGUGUUCGCGAUGUUCGAAGAGCUAUAUACAUGCGUGGCAUCUGAAGAGGCACACGAAAUUUGAAUGCGGCCAGGAGCCGAGAGUCCAGUGCCCUUACUGCUCCGCCAAGAUGAAGCAACGCGGUCACGUUUACAGGCACAUUCGCCAAUGUCACCGAGGAGAAAACGUUUUCGUGAUCGAUCUUAACUGAGAACU